GCCAAUCCGAAUGCAGGCUGCAGUAAGACUUUCCACCCGUGUGGGUCAUCUAUUCUUGACUCAAGUUUCUUACUCAAUGUGUUACAGACGAUCCAUAUAAGUACCCAUUACCCGUGGCGGUCGAAAACAAUCACGAAGAAAUAAUCCAAUUACUACUCACGACCAGUAACAUCAACCCCAACCCCGGGCUUCAGGCAGCGAUAACAACCAAGCAAAUGCCAAUGAUACGCAUGUUUCUCAAUUUGCCAAACGUGAAUCCUAAUGUACACGACAGACUUGCCGGCCAGACUGUUUUGAUGACCGCAAUACGGCAGGGAGACAUGGAGAUGGUUCGCUGGCUCCUGGAGAAGAAUAUGGUCGACAUAAAUGCACGUAACUCGGCGGGCGAAACUGCUCUUAUGCGUGCUGUCACGAUGUAUGAUCUGGAGACCGUCAGGCUUCUCGUUGAAGUGUAUGGGGCAGAUAUCACCGCGCGGACGAAGUACGGUGCUACCGCUCUGGAUUGGGCUGAGAGAUAUCGCUGGACUAUCGACGAAGUGAUCAGGUUACUUUCCCCCAAGAGAGUGCGUGUUGCUUGAAUGAACAAUCUCUAUCAUUUCACCGUGUACUUUCCCUAUUUUCUCAGUCGGUUGAGACUGGAAUCACAUUGUCUACGUCAAGAUAGAAACCCGACCUUCUUAUCCCUCUUGCUGUGGGUCUAG